CAGCGUGCCUCCUUACAUUAGGUGUGCCCAUCACAAUGCUCCUUUACAUCAGUUGUCCCCAUCAGAGUGCCCCUUUACAUCAGGUAUCCCCACCACGUUGCUACCUUACAUCAGAUAUUCCCAUCAGAGUGCCCCUUACACUCAAAGUACCCCUUUCUAUCAUAUUUCCCCGUCAGAGUGCCCUUUUACAUCAUAUUCCCCAUUAGAGUGCCCCUUUCCAUUACAUGUGCCCCUUUUCUACAGUAUAUGCCCAUUUGUGCCCCCUUAACAUAAAAUGUGCCCAUCAGCGUUCCCCUUAACA